AGUUAGACCAGUGCUCCUUGCUUCUGUAGCUUGCGUUUGGUUACCGACAAUAAACCUCCUCGUUAUCGGAAGACCUGACAUUGAACCGUUUGAUUUCUAACGAUUUUUUCAUGCAUGAACUUGGAAAGCGCAUUUUUAAAAAUGACAUAAAGUUCGUUCUCCAGCAUUUGCCCCGUAAAACACAGCGUUACCGUGUCAUUAAUGCGCCACGCGCCGUGCGGUGGGAACAGGGCGCCAUGUUGGGUCAGCUGGAACAUGUGCUGUAUGCAAAUCUUGCAUGACGUAAUCGUACUACGCAUUUCUGAUUGGUUUACGUAACUGUAUUACGUAGUUCACCUCAAAUAACCUCUGCUCUGAUUGGUUACAUUGCAUUGUGGGUCAGCACUACCGCGUCCCCCAAAAAAUGUAAAUCUUACGAUAGUUGUAUGCCGAAAAUAAGACAAAGAACGCUGUUAUUUGCGACUACAUAACGACCUCCAAGUACAGAAGUACAUAAUCAAAAGAAUCUUUACGAAAAUAUAAUUUUGAAUGCGGGUUUGUAGUUCAUUUUGCGUAUUUUUGACGGUGAAAACAAACCCGGAAGUGUGUGGGAGACGCGGCGUGGGUUUGCAUAAAAAAUUUGCCCCGCUAUUUUUAGCGUUUUACCCACAAGUUAUAACUUUGAAAAACAAUAUCAUGAGACACGGAAUCGCGGUUUACUGCCACGCGCCACAAAAAUCUAGGCUUGCCCAACACACACCGCUUGAGACAAGGAUACAGCUAAAACACGGGAACAUCGUGCAUAUCCACAAAUCUAUUGAUCGCAAACAAAAUCGCUGGGGUCGAAAAUAUUGUAGGGAUAUUUCUAGCGGGAGUUUUGUUGGUUUUUUUGACGGGGAAAAUACGAAAUUGACGAAACCCAAUAUGAUUUUCUCAUACAUAUAGAGUUUUAAAACGCUGAAAAUUCCUUUAUAAACUUGAAAUUUCGUUAUGCAUUGUGUGCUGCGUCUUCUUUGUUCCCCUGCAGUGGACUGGUUGUUGUUUUUCAAGCCGCCAGCGCACCAUUUUGUAAUCAAGAACAAAGUUUUCCGUCAAAUUUCUGAGCCUAAAAUGACUCUUUAGGAAUCUUUGAAGUCACAAUGUAGCGUCACUAUAGAGUAGUAAAGUGUAGUCUGCAAAAAUUGCCGGCACAGAACCUGUAAACGCGGCAAGAAAGAGGAGGCGGCGUCAGUAUGGCCUUGAUCAAAAACAAUCAACGUUUAAAUCCUUUGUCGUCGGCCGGCUCUUUGAUAAACAGCAUGGGGAAACAGACAACUUUACCAUGCUGUUUAAAAAGGCAGGUUUAUUGUUUCCAACUGUCACUUUUCUGGAGACUUUCUGCGUGGCAGUAUGGCUCACAACGUGUCGUCCCCGAAGAGAAAGCCCUUGACACUGCAACAGCGAGUAGAGGUGAUACGCGUUCACGACCUGACCAACAAGUCUUCCCGUAAGCUGGCAGAGCAGUUCUCGUGUGGAAAGACGCAGAUUGAGGGCAUCUUGAAGAGAAAACGGGAAAUCCUCGAGGACUUCGAAAGCAACACACCUCUGGACCGUAAGCGCCUGAAGGUAACCGGCAAUGAGGAACUCAACAUGCUGGUCUGGGAGUGGUUCAAGGACGCAAAGGCACGACGGCUUCCGGUGAGUGGUCCAAUGUUACAAGUCAAAGCGCUGCAGUUUGCUAAAGACUUGGGGAAAAGUGAGUUCAAAGCUUCGAACGGAUGGUUAGAGUCAUUCAGGAAACGCCAUAACGUCGCAUUUGGGACAAUGUCAGGAGAGAGGGGGGAUGUGCCUGCUCAAGUUGCGGGAAGUUGGAAGGAGAGACUUCCAUCACUGUGUGAGGGAUGCAAGCGCUCAAAAGACAGAAUCACCAUCAUGUUCUGUGCCAACUUGCUUGGAGAGAAAGAGAAGCCCUUGGUCAUCGGGAAGUCAAGAAACCCGCGGUGCUUCAAGAAUGUCAACGUGAAGUCACUUCCGGUGCACUACUAUAACAACAGAACGGCCUGGAUGACGAGCGGUAUCUUUGAAGACUGGUUGAAGAAGUUUGACCGCAAACUCGGCCGUGAGAAGCGGAAGGGUCUUCUUUUCCUCGACAAUGCCACCUCACACCCCGAGCUCCAACUGAGGAAUCUGAAACUGAUCUUCUUCCCGCCUAACACGACUUCCGUGCUGCAGCCCAUGGACCAGGGCAUUAUCCAGACAACGAAGACAAAAUACCGAAAGAAGCAAAAUGUCACAUGUGAUUGCAAAGAUGGACAACGACAAGACGCUGCAGGGACCUGACAUCCUGAAGUCAACAAAUGUCUUGCAGGCCAUCACCUGGGUCAGUCAGGCCUGGGAAGACGUACAGGCCACAACAAUCUCCAAGUGCUUCAAGAAAGCAGGGUUUGCCACCGAGCAGCACACACCAGAGGAACCAUCAGUCCCAGAAGAGGAGGAGGCUGUCCCGGCCAGAAUGGAGGAACUAUGCCAGGAUCUGUUCGGCUGCAACCUUCAGGAGUUGGUUGACAUUGAUAAGGACUUAGCAACAUGUGACAAUAACAUCUCCCGAAUGGAUGGUACCGCAACAGAACUGUUACACAGCCUACAACAGCCAGAGGAGGACGCUAGCGACGAGGAGGGGGAAGAUGAUGCAGCUGCACUGCCAACAAAAGAUGUCACGAUCAAAGACGCCAUGCCAUGCAUCGAAACGCUGAAAGACUUGUGUCUUACCAAGGACUAUGGGGACAUGUUACAAUUGAUCAUGAGUUUUGAGACAAAGCUGAAUGAGAAGGCAAUGCAGCAGACCCAGGCAGCCAGGCAGACAACAUUGAUGGAUUUCUUCAACAAAAAGUGAUUACAGGUUAGAUUGUAACUGACCAAAUCUUGUGUAGUUGUCAUUG